GCACUUCCCUAUGUUACGGGUCUGGUCGUCCCUGGAUACUUAUGUUCGGAUUUAGGCCUAGUCGUGCCUCACCUCCUGCCAGGAUCACCCCUCCAGCAGACAAUACCACCCCAUCUCUUGAUGUCUCCCGUUCCUCGAUAACAGCCACAAUCCCCGAACUUGCAGGACUCUCAUCUGAAGACGUUGAACUCAUCGAGGCCAUUAUUGAGCGCACGGGUCCCAACGCAGCGUUUCUAUCCGUCUUCAAAGCGUAUAGCGACGUCUUAAAGGAGCGAGGCUUAAAUUCGAAAGAAAUCUUCUACUAUGGAAAAUUACUCAAACUCGGAACGCUAAAGGGCGGAAGUUGGGGUGAGAAGUGGCAAAUGAUAAAGCAGCAGAACAGAUAUGACCGUUCAACUCGGCCAGGAGUGGGACGAAUGAGAGGUCUCUCCGGCGAUAGGGCUCCUUGCCUGCCUCCCCCCAGUACUUUGGCCCCUUCAAGUCACCUUACAGAUGAUUUAUUUUCGUCAAUAUCUCAAGUACAUGAACAUACCGAUAUCGCGGCCUCGCAAACAAGUUUUGACAUUGGAACUGAGGUCGCAAUUCAGCCAUUAUCAUCACCGUUCGACGCUCGUCCACUUUCCUCCGACUUGACCGAUAAUACACUUGGUAUUCACCUUCACGAGAGUCCUCUACUAUCUGCGCCACCUUCUUUACAGCUACCUCUCCAUGGAGAGCAACAACAUCUUACUGGCCGACAUCUGGACUUUGAGCCCUCUGUGCAGAGCUUGUCCUCUACACCACCAUCCUAUCAAUCCUCUGUCAGCAAAUAUCGUGCCGCGAAGUCAUAUAUGACACAGGGCAGGGAGAGAAGGGACAAUGCUCUCAAUGAGGAGGAUGCAUGGAACAGAGUAAAAGUGCUGCAGGACGAAAGGGAAGCUGACCGGUUCCGGGAUGAUAGCCUGCUUGAACGGUCCUGGGAUAUCUGGAAACAGAUGUAUACGUGGAUUUUAACCAUGAAUCAGCAAAUCGGCGAAGCUCGAGAAAAUCUUAUACUUCGUAUCUAUCUUCAAAGGUGGCGCGAACGUACUGCGUCGCAGCGAGAAUGGUGCAAUCGGAUUGCUGCGGUUGACAACAAACGCCGUCUGAAGGCAGCAUUUAACAUUUGGAAGCAACGGUUACAGGAUCGUUUGCAAGAGAAGCAAAAGAUGGCUUGGCGUCAAGAUAUGCGUGUGAGACUGGCAACAAUCAGGAGACACAGGAAGGAGGCCUUGCUUAAGGAGUACUGGAUACACUGGCGGCGAGCAUACCAGUAUCGUCUCUCUGAGGCUCACUGCUGCGAUCGACUGAGGCUACGUUGCUAUUCGCAGUGGAAAGAAAGGUUGCACAGAGUUUAUCGCUCAGAAGACAAUGCGGACCAAGCUCAUCGCGACGCUUUACUCGGUCGUUUCUGGGAGUACUGGAAGCGGACUAUCGAGUUGCGAGUUCCAGAACGAGUUAUGAACCGGCAGGUAGAGCUGAGGGUCAAACGCGAAGUCUUUGAAGUGUGGAAAAAACAAUGGGUUGAUCAUCGUAUAGCUAGGGCCUUCUACAUUCGUCGUCUUGCAAAAAGAAUGAUGAAGUCUUGGAAGUCUGCCAAAGAUCGGACAACUGCUCUUGAAUGUCGUGCGGAUAAGCACCUGGCCCGACAAGAUAACAUUCUCUUGCGUGCGGUCAUGAGGGUCUGGAAAGCCCGCGAACGAGGAAAACUCCUCGAGAAAGUGAAAGCAUUCCGGUUAGUCCGAAGUGCCUGGGCGGUUUGGAAACUGCAACUCCAUACCCUGGAAGAGGCUCAAGCCCUGGCCGUUCGAUUUUCCGAACGACUUAACUGCUCGACAAGCAAAAUGGCUUUUCAAAGAUGGCGGGAAGUUCACGCUAGUCACCUGAGGUCUCAAGCUUUCGUUGCGCAAUUCAACAAGGCUCAACUCGUGCGACGCAUGAUACUUCGAUGGAGGGUUGCGCUCUUCAAACGACUGAAGAUGGUGAAGAAAGCUCGAAUGGCGGAGCGUUAUCUUCUUCUCCGUCGCUUUUGGGCAACGAUGAAACAAAAAUAUCGAGAGAAAAUCAGACUGGCCAAGCUGCAAGAAUGUGAGAGGAACAAAGUGAAAAUAUUUUUCGACAUAUGGUUACACCGUUCCCGGAAGCAACGUCAGAUACGAGAAGCAGAGCGAAUUAUUCAAGAUCGUGUUCGUAAGAGAAUACUCCACAGUUCACUACAACGGUGGACGAUUCGGGUCGUUGACAUCAAGGACCGAGAAUUGAGAGUUGCUCAAGAGUAUCAUAAUCGACAUCGAGCGGUCCUCUUAACAUCUGCUUUUAACCAUUGGAAACAAAUACAUACUCGUCACAACGAGGAGCUUCGGCUUAUGCAGAGCUAUCAAGAUAUUAAGCGAGAGGAGAUGUUUAAACGAAUAUUCUAUCAGUGGCUCACAGCGGCCCGUACACGUAGACAUCGGCGCUUGGUUCUUCAGGAAAAGGAAGAGGAGCGUAAAUUAGUUGCCUUGUCCAGUGCGUGGGAGAAAUGGCGAGAGCGUUACAUGGAAGCCCGACUUCAGCCUCUGGAAUACCGACUCGUCAUUUCGAAUGCACAGAGAUUGAAAUAUCAGGCAUUCUCAUCGUGGCAAGCGAAGACCGACUCCUUGCCUGCUAUCAAGUUUCAUGCAAAUCAUGUCAAAGUAAAAUGUUGGAACAUCUGGUUGCAGCAACUUCCUCGUGCUGUACAAGCCCGAAAGGCGAGGGAGUUUGAAAGCAAAUCGAUCCUUAAAAAAUUCCUUGAUAAGUGGAUUCAAGUGCACCGAACCAAGCUCUCACUCAAAGCGGUGGCACGAGCACGAUACUUUCCAGUAUCCGCUAGUAAACCUUCUAGUCGGCCUGCUGUUCACUCUCGUCCCCUUACUGGUUCUGCUAUCCCACCCACCAAAGCCACGUUUCCACAUCGAGCUUUGCGCAUUGAAAAUUCAGAUGGAGAUGCAGACCCGGAGGCCGGUCCCAGUGAACCACUCAUGCGACAUCUGCGGCCACUGACUGCCAGGAGUGGACUGUUCCCCACCAGAGCACGAACAGAUCCAAGCCCUACACGCACCGUUCUUUCCGUUCCAAGAACGCGAGAAUCUAGCCCGACACGUUCGACCAAAUCCGCAGCUCCAGCUCCAUGGUAUUCAAAAAAUGCUCCAACAAGGUUUCCUCCUACCCCCAGCUCGGUUGCUGGUACAGAGGGUAGAAGCACGCUGUGGCAAGAAUUGCGAGAGGUACAGAGGAGGUCACAAUCGCCGUCUGUGCUCUCUAGGAGAAGUAGACCGCCGUAA